AUGGUCGCCGGCCGUCGCACGGGCAAGACCUCUUUCCUCAGGCUUCUCCUCGACACCUCCCUCGUCGCCCCCUCCGUCUCCAGGGACCAGCUCGUCUCCGUCGCAAAGUUCGUCCAGGGCUGCAGCGGCCACACCUCACACGUGCGCUCCGUCUCCGUCGCCGUUGACCUGGCACCCGCAGACCCCGACGAGCCCCACCUCCUCAACCUCACCCUCAUCGACACCCCCUCCUUAGACUACGACGACGACCCCGCCGCCCAGCGCGCCGUCGACGACAUCCUCCGCCAUGUCGACGCCCGCUUCGCCGAGAGCAUCGAGGACGACCGCAAAGCCCGCACGGGAGACCACCACGUCCACCUGUGCAUCUACUUUCUCGACCCAGAGUGCAUAGUCCCCCCGUCAGUAUCGGCACCACCCGUUCCCUUGGUAUCAAGGGCCCGGGCCAACAGCCUUUCCGCUCCUGAUGCCGAGCCCGUCAUCCUCGAGCCUCCGGUCACGACAAACCCGCUCCUUUGUCGCCCUACGCUCCCCGCAGCAGACAUUGCCACCAUCCGACGCCUUUCCGCGCGCGUCAAUGUCCUUCCCGUCGUCGCCCGAGCAGACGUCUUGUCAAACGACCGCCUCGCUGCCGUAAAGCUCGCGAUCCGGAGAGACCUAGCUGAAGCUGGUAUUGGUUUUGGUAUAUUUGAUGUGGACUCUUUCCCCCAGUACUCCCAGCGAGAUACAGUAGAAUUGACCCCUCCCGCGCGCGUGUCCGAGCCUCCCAACGGCUACAAACACGCCAAUGGCGUAUCCUCCACCGCGGCUUCGCCCCCGUCGCCUCCCGUGUCGCCGUCGUUCCUACGGCUUCCGUUCGCUUUGAUAUCACCAGAUAUUUAUUCUCAUAGCGACGGAGUCUCGAGAGUGGCACCGUCCCGACACGAGCUUGCGCUUCAAUACACUCCUUUGCAACAACAUCCUAAACUCAAGCAGCCACUUACUAAAAUCAUCCCGGGCAAGUUCAUACGGAGCUAUAGAUGGGGAUUUCUCGAUGUCAUGGACGUGAAUCAUUGUGACUUUAUACAUCUUCGUGGGGCUAUAUUUCACCAUAUGCAGACUCUUCAAAAAUACACCAAAGAAUAUCUCUUCCAAAAGUUCAGGAACGAAAUGCAGCCCCCUCACCCCAUGCCGACGCGGGCUGCACAACCGUCCAAUUCCGCGCCCCCACCUCCUCAGUUUCCUCAUUCCUCGCGUCCCAUUCUUGCCAUAGAUACUACGCCUACACACGCGACAAGCAAGCGGCAGCCACCGCCGCAACCGGCUCCUCGUGCUGGGAUCGCCCCGAACGGUGAUGCUGCACCUUCUGCUGUGUCUCCUCAGCCACCUCCGGCGGUGUCUGAAUCUUCGCCUAGAACCGCAACAUCCUCGAGAUCUCAGCGUUCGCGAACGAAAAAGAUAACCGUUGCAUGCAACUUUUGUCGAUCUCGAAAACUCAAGUGCGAUGGGGGCAGACCCGCGUGCAGCCAAUGCCACAAGCGGUCUAACCCGUGCGACUACAUGGCCAGCACCAAGCGCCGUCGUGGCAAAUCGCGGAAACAGUUCGGCGACAGUGAGAGCGAGGGCGAGAGCAUGGAAGACCAAUCCGUUGAAUUGGAGAACCCAUCAGAAUCGCCGGAGGUUUUGUCGCGGGGUCGCUCCCGGCGAAACUCGAGUGUCAGUAUGCUCCUCACGGAGAACUUGCCACCAUUGGGCACCGCUAUGGACCGGCCGGAGGAUACGUCCAAUGUCCUCCCCUCGAUUGCCCAAGCUACGAUGGCAGUUCCGCUGCCCGAGCCUCGCCCGGAGCUUCCGCCCAUCGUCACUCUGUCCGCGUCUCCUGCAAAUGUUCCCCGUGAGGAGACGGCAACACGAUCUUCGGCCAAACCGGACCAGGGUCAUAUGAUCCAAACGCAGCGGAGGCGCAAUGCCUCUACUGCGCCCGGAAAGGGUCGCACCAACCACGGGUCCAAAAUUGUAGCCUGCAACCUCGCAAGACAAGAUGCGACGGCGCACAUCCGUCGUGCGGAAGUUGCUCUCGGCGAUCACUGGCGUGCAACUACGUCAACGACCCCAAUACAAGCAGAGCCCGUGGGAGAGGCUCCGUUCCCCUCGUCUGGUGCCCCGGAGCCGACGAACGGCUACACGCGCCGCAUUAGUGCAGUGGACAGCGGUACUGCUGACCACUCGGGCCAGCCGGCGAAGAAAAUGCGGAUGGCGGCUGCGGAAAGUGGCCGGUCGGCCUUGGCUGUUGCCCAGCCGUGA